CGAGUCGAAUUUGAGUCGGACCAUAAUUAUACUGUGCUUCCCCAUUCACGCUAAUCGCACGUAUCCCUGCGAAAAUCAACUCGAAAAUAUCAUUUCUUUCUUUCUCGUCAACUCUAAAAAAUUCCAGAAAUUCAACACUCCAUUGUUCACAUCCAUAAUCAAAACCCCAAAUCCACAUUGUAGCCAUAGAAAUGGACUUCUGGAGCAAAGCCAAAAGCUUUGCAGAAGAAGCUGCAAAGAGAUCUCAAGAACUAACCAAAGAAGCUGCUAAGAGAUCUCAAGAACUUACCAAAGAAGCUGCAAAACGUUCCCAAGAACUCACUUCUACAAUCGGUGGUAGUUCUCGGAUUGCCGACAUUGUGUCUGAGACUGCUAAACGAUCCAAGGAGUUAGCUGCUGAAGCUUCUAAUCAAAUAAAAGCUGAAGCAUUGAAACGCGCUGAUCAGAUCAAGUCUCUUUCUCUCCUUGAUUCUUCUAAUUUGUCUGUUGUUCAGAAGGACGAAGUUUCGGUUGAUGAGCUUCAGAGAUUUGGAAUUACUGAUGAAUUGAGGGAAUUUGUUAAGGAGAUUACUAUGAGUACUUUUCAGGAUUUUCCACUUCCGGAUGAUGCUCCAAUGUCUGAUGUUCCUACAGUCUCAAAUGUGCGGCAGGAUCUUACAGAGUGGCAGGCAAGACAUGCAAUUCUUGUGCUGUCAACAGUAAAGGAAAUCUCUAAGCUACGAUAUGAGUUGUGCCCUCGCAUCAUGAAAGAAAGGAAGUUUUGGAGAAUUUAUUUUAUGCUUGUGAAUAGCCACAUAGCUCCGUUCGAGACAAGAUACAAUGAGGAGGCAAAGUUAAAGGCUGCAGAAGAGGAGAAAGCUAAAGCAGAAAAGGAAAAGGAAGCUGCUAAAAGUGUUUCUGUGUCUAAGCCAGAUGGUGCAGAAUCAACUCGGCCACUCAAGACAGCAACGUCAUCUGCUGAACAAGAUCUGGAUGUCUUUCUUCUGGGUGACCUUGGAGACAGUGAUGAAGGACCAGAAGAUGGUGAUGAUGGUGACGAUGCCUUUGAUGAUGACUUUGACAAGAUUGGUGAUAGUUCGGAUGAUGAACAUGCCAAAGAUUCCAAAAAGUGAGGCAUACUUGGCAAUGGGACUAAAAAGAUUUGAGAAAGGUGUAUUCCUUUCUUGGCAAAGAUGACUACUUGGAUCAGCAACAAAGAACUCCAAAGUGUCAGAAGCUAAACUUCCUGCAAAAAUCUUCUUUUUCUUGCGUUCGAUAUACAUAACAUUCUUAGGUAAAAAUUUUUUCCGUUAAUAGAAGUAUUUGUGCUUUUUGCUCUAUUUUCCAGAAGAUCGGGUUGGCAUGUGCUACAGUCUUCUUGUAUAGGAAUUAAUUGUUCAUUGUUAGUCUUGGGUUGAGCACUUGAGCUCCAACACUGGUGUGUUAUGUUACUUAAGUUUUUCCUCCUUUCAAUCAAUAUUAGUAGGUCUAUUUCUUGCCAA